AUGUACAAAUGCCAAAUGCAUGGUGAUGUUAUACGGGCCCCUCCCACUGAAUUACACAGCAUGGUUGCCUCAUGGCCCUGCUCAAUGUGGGGUAUGGACGUAAUUGGUGUAAUUGAUCCUCCUGCAUCAAACGGACAUCAAUUCAUAUUGGUAGCAAUUGAGUACUUUACCAAAUGGGUUGAAGCAGAAUCCUUCAAACAUGUGACAAAGAAGGUGGUGGCAAAUUUCUUAAAGGAUCACAUUAUCUGCCGGUUCGGUGUGCCAGAAACAUUGAUUAUCAACAAUGCCAAAAAUCUCAACAAUGACAUGGUGGACGGACUAUGCGAACAGUUCAAAAUCAAACACCGUAAUUCUGCCAUUUAUAGACCUCAAAUGAACGGGGCUGUGGAGGCCGCAAACAAGAAUUUAAAGAAAAUCAUUCAUAAAAUGACUGAAAAGCACCGUGAUUGGCAUAAAAAGCUUCCUUAUGCACUAAUGGCAUACCGGACUUCUAUCCGCACAUCAACUGGGGCAACCCCCUACUCGCUCAUGUAUGGAAUGGAAGUUGUGAUACCUGCCGAGGUUGAAAUCCCUUCAUUACGUAUUCUAAUGGAAGCCAAGUUGGAAGAAGCUGAUUGGUUAAAGCAGCGUCAUGAACAAUUGGCUCUGAUUGAUGAAAAGCGUCUGAAUGCUAUAUGUCAUGGCUAA